AUGCCUAGCCAAGAAGAUGAAGAGUUAAGUGGAAUUGGUGCCCCCUCGUCAGGUGUCAAUCCGGCUGCGACAUCCCUUCCGCAAAGGAAGAAAAAUCUCGUUGUGCUAUUUACACUGUUUUCUUUGGCUGCUGCACUGCUCUACGCACUUUCGGUCGUGCGACUUGGGUUACAGAUCAGGGACUACGCCAACAACAACCGAUUUCGUGUGUUUCCGGACUCGGUUGCGUGGCACCCACUGAGUUAUCGAAGAUUGUUCUUGCAGAAUCCGAAGUGGGGUGACGAGAGGAGUAACAGGGGAAGCAGCCCGCCGUACUCCUUUUUUGAAGUCAGUUGUCCUGAUUGUUACAGCACAUACGCACCGACGCAGGAAAAGCCGCCGGAGGUAAUUAUAUUCUUUGCUCAUGGAAACGCAGGCUCUUACAUGCAGGCCCACCGGCUUGGCAUUCUUUUUUUGCAGGAGCAAAAAAUCAAGGGAAGGUUGUACACCUUUGAUUUCUCCGAGCAGGCAAAUGCCCAUCGCGGUGCUCUUCUGCAUCAUCAGGCAGAUUUUGUAGCGGAUACAAUAAUAACUUUGUAUGAAGACCGAAAAAACGAGACGCAUAACCCUCCCUUCAUAUGGCUCAUUGGUCACUCCAUGGGUGGCGUUGUGGUACGAAUGGCGCUGUCGACUCUAUCAGACUCACAGGUUUUCCCGUUGAUUGCCGGAGUUAUUACACUGAACAGUCCAAACCGUCAGAUGCCUGUUUUUCUUGACCUGCCCAUGUGGAGGUUGUACAAAACACUUUGGGAUCCUGUUCAGAAAAAUGUGUUGGCUAAUGACCGCAACGGCUAUCGCAAUCCCCGCAUUCUUUCACUUACGUCGGGGCCGUUAGACUUGAUGGUGCAGUCUAAACACACGCGCCUCAGUGACAGCAUUGGGUGCAACAAUGGGUCGUGUAUUGAUGUCACCACAGAGCACCCAAAAGUGUGUGGAAAGACGUUUUCUCAUGACGAUAUAAUGAGGGACUACUGUGUUGUUGAAUUCUGGACCUCUGCCGUUAUUAGAAAUUCUCUGGUCAGGGGGGAUGGUAUUUCACCCGAGUCAAGGAACCUUAAGUUGCGGAACUGGUCUUUACCAGAGGGCAUCAAUGAUCCAGCACCUCCGCCGCACUCCUUUUCAGAUGCCUUUUCGUGGUGGGCGGAGGCGAGUUACACUCAUGUCGGCCUUACCGUGUUGGUGGCGUUUUCAUACGGUUCUUUCGUCCUCUCCGCGAUCCACCCGCUGCUGCUGCGGCUGCUGCUGAACCUCCGUGUGCUGUCCCAUUGCUGCGCAGAUUGGUCAUGGAAAUCAUUGUUCACGUCAUCGCACACGGCUGUUGUUAUGGUUACCCCGAUAAUGGGAAUUGUGGGCCACUUGUUACUCGUGCAGAUACCAUGUUGUCUGCUACCAGCAAUGGAAGGAUGUAAGUCGCCCUGGAUCGCUGACACGCUUGUGUGCAAACCCACAUUUGAUCCUCUCAUGUUGGUUUGGUGUGCUUUUGCCGCUUCCGGCCCCGCGUUGAAAGGCAUAUGGAUGGGUAUUAUUGCUUAUCGCUUGCUUCAGCUGCUUUUGAGGGGAAGUAAGUUUGGAUGGACGAAAUUCUGGUUGGUUACUCAUCGUGCGUGCAUCUAUCUAAGACUACCGCGGUGGGUUCGCAGGUCGCCCACACGUAGCGAUGAUAAUUGCGAUGAGCCGUGGAACCGGAUAAUACCGGUCACUGUGUUUGGUGUAGUUGUUUUUCUGUGUGGUGUGUUGUUACCGCUGCGUAUAUGUGACCGCGCCCUAGUGUGGUUGUGUCUCACUAUAGUUCUACUGCCUCUCUCUGCGUCAUAUCAAACCGCUACCUUUGACAGCAGUGACGGCAGAAGGGAGGAGGCGUAUAUGUUAGUGUCGGCCUACGCCCUUUUGCACUUAAUUCACCUUCAUCCCUUCUUCGCGUGGAGGAACGCGCUGCGAUCAGCCACGUUUGACGAUGCCACCGUAGUGGACUUCACCAGUCGCGCCGUGGAGGUGCUAUUACUCGUGCUUAUUCUCUCAUACGUGAUGUGGCCUUUAUAUCAUGAGCAACGGUUUUGUGAGCAGCUUCAUAGGGACAAACUGUCUUCUUUGGCCAAGGCUUUGGCCAGCCCAUGGAUUCAGCGGCUGUCACCGCAUUUGUGCAUUCUCCUUGUGCUGAUUCCCCUUGUUUGGAUGAUCAGUGUUCCAGUGGCGUCUUUUCGUAUUGUUUGGGUGCUGCUGUACGCCUUUCCAUGUUUUUUGCUUGGUCCGGCGCUCGUGUCCGGUGGUAGUGGUGGCACCCUUCUAGCUCCUGGUACCUCAAACUAA